AUGGAUCUCCAAGGAACUCCCAUCGGAAAGCCCAGCAAGGGUACCAAGGUCACAACCGACCCCUCGAGCUACAACCCAGUACAAGAAGGACCAGGUCCCAUUACCAACGACUCGCUUGCUGCCGAAUCCGUCCGACAAGGCGGCACAUUCGCUAAAAACCCAGAUAGCCAGCCGCUCGGCGUAUCGGGACGCCAGUCGACUUUCAACAACACGGACACUUCCGGCGCAACCACACUCUCAUCAGCCCAGCAAUCCGGCGACCGCGAGAACCUCAAUCGCCAGGAGCGAUACCCUGAUGCGCUUGGCGGCCAAGGCGAUUAUCCCGGCGCUCACCUGCCCGAGUCUGGAUACGCUGGCGGACCGACGCGGGCCAAGAAGGAUUUGGGCAUUGGCACUCACCAGUACAACACUCAGGAGCGACAGGCUGCAGCAGCUGGAGGCAGUGGCAGUAGCGCUUACAACGACGGUACUGCUCCCUCAUAUGUGGCGCCCGUCACCGAGAAUCUAGGCAGCGUCAAGCCGCACGGCAGCAAUAUCCGCGAGGGCGGCUUUUUCGAUACCGACCGCAAGAACGCCAGCUUCAAUUCUGAGAUUGGCAGCGAUAAGGAUCCUGGCCGGCUCGCUGAGAACAAGAUUCAGCGCACCAAUGCCGAAAGCGGUGCCAAUGCGGCGUACCCUAAUCCUACCGUCGAUGACACUCAACCCUACGGGGUGCUUGGAAGUGACCAGCGGGCGUGA